AUGCAGUUUCCACACCAAUUGAAUAUGAACUUAACCAACUACAUCGAUGGAGUUAAUGCACUGUUUAGAUUCCAUUCCACAGAAGAGAGCGAAAUUGAGAAUACGUAUAAGUUCAUCAAAGACAAGCUUAUUGAAACCAAGAUAUUUUCUCCAACUAAAGUUCUUACAUUAAUACAAGAAGCAGCAAUUCAUAAUAACAAAAAUUUUAAAUCAUAUUGGAUUCUUUACAAAAAGAUUAUUGAUGAAUUUCAUCCUGACCAAAUCAACUAUAAUUACAUCAUUUUUGAUUACUUUUUAUAUAAAGAAUAUGGCAUCAAUUUUAAUGAAAUGAAUCUGAAAAAAUUCAAAGAAUUUGAUGAAAAAGGGUAUAUUACAGAUGUACAUAAAGAAAACACAUUUUUCUAUGCAAUAAUGAAAGAUGAUAUCAGCUUAUUUGGAACAUUUGAAAUAGAUCCAAAACAAAUAUUGCAAAGUGAAUUCUAUCCUGAAUCAAAAAAGGGAUAUUCAUUAAUUGAACUAUGCUGCUAUCAUGGUUCAUCGAAUUGUUUUAUGAUGCUCAGAUCACGUUUCAACGUCGAAAUUACUCAAAAAUGUUUGAUGCUUUCUUUUAUGGGCGGAAAUCCUCAGAUUUUGAUAGAUUGUUUGCGAUUCCAAGUUCCUGAUAAUGAUUGUAUGAAAUACGCAAUUAUUUCCCAUAAUAUGGAUUUUAUAGUGCAUUUGGUAAAUUAUUAUCAGAUUGAGAUAGAUCUUUUGACGUGUGGAAUGAAUUACAACAUCGAAGCAUUCAUAUAUGCAUUAAAUCAAAGAAACAUUAAUAAAUGCUUUGCUAUCUCCCCAGUUUUCAAUAUGAAAUCUCUUUGUGAAUAUUUCCUGGACUACAAAGCUGAUAUUAAUGCAAAAGAUGACAGAGGAGCAAACGCACUCUACUAUGCUGUUCUAAAGGAUGAUCAUGAAAUUGCCGAGAUGCUAAUCCUAAAUAAAAUCAAUGUAAAUGCGAGUGACAAUAAUGGAGUCACGCCACUUCAUUUAGCGUUUAUGCAAAAUAACAUAAAUUUAGCUCAAUAUCUUAUUUCACACGGAGCUUCCAUGAAAUCAAGAGAUCAAAGUGGCGGAACAUUACUUCAUUAUGCAGUAACGAAAAAUUGUUUUGAGAUGGUACAACUGCUCAUCUUAAAUGAUUUUGAUGUUAAUACAACAGAUUUUUAUGGAACAACUGCUCUACAUGUCGCAUCUGCAAACAAUUGCAUUGAGAUUAUUAAUUUUCUUAUUUCUCAUCAUGCUAAUGUUAAUGCAAGAGAUUGUCAUGAUUUAACUCCUCUUUAUUUUGCUACAAUGAAUAAUUCAUUAGAAGCUGUAAAAAUUCUCGUUUCAAAUGGUGCCGAAAUCAACGUGAGAACUUGGGCUGGCUUUUUUCCAUUUCAUGAAGCUUCCAAAAACAAUUGCAUCGAAAUGCUGGGAUUUCUUCUUUCUAAAGGAGUAGAUAUAAACUUAAGGGAUUCAGAUAAUGCAACUGCCCUUCACAUUGCUGCUUAUAUGAAUAAUAAAGAUGCAACAAUAUUUCUGAUUGAUCAUAAUGCAGAUAUUAAUGCAAAGGAUGCGAAUGGACAAACACCUCUUCAUUAUGCAACAAUAAAUAAUUACCCAGAAAUUAUUGAAAUAUUAAUUACAAAAGGGGCCAAUAUCCAGGUAAAAGAUAAUUGUGGUGCGAUGCCAUUGCAUUAUGCUGCAAUGAAAAAUAAUGAAAAAAUUGUGAAGUUUUUGCUUGAAAAGAAAGUAAAUAUCAACGAAAAGGAUUAUAAUGGGGUAAAUUCUCUUGGAUAUGCAAUUCAGAAUAAUAGCAAAUUAAUAGUAAAUUUCUUUUUAUCUCAUGGAAUUGAUGUUAAUUCAAAAGAUGCAGAGGGUAAAACUGCUAUUCACAGUGCCGCAUUUUAUAAUUGCGAUAUAAUAACCGAUAUGUUAAUUUCUCACGGAGCUGAUAUCCAUGCAAAAGAUAUAGGCGGAAGAACCGCUCUUCAUUAUGCUGCCGAAAAUGAUAGUACAGAAUCUGCAGUUUUCUUGUUUAUGCGUGGAGCAGAUAUGAAUGCAAAAGAUAAUAAUGGAGGAACGCCACUUCAUUAUAGUGUAGUUCAUAAUAAGAAAAAUAUGGCGAAAUUUCUUUUGUUACAUGGUGCAGAUCGAGAAGCAAAGGAUAAUAAUGGAAUUUCACCAGUAGAAAUUGCAAUGAAACAGAACAACAAAGAUAUGCUAGAUCUUCUUAGUUCGAAGUGA